AUGCUAUUUAGAGCCUUGAGACGGAAAAUUGAACAAAAAUUGGGAAGAAUCAGGAUGUCUACUGUAUCUAGUGAGAUACUGCCGCCCUCGAACCAGGGAAUGAAGGUUCUGGACCGUUCGUUGUUCCACACCAGGCUUCCUGUGGUGUGUGUGGUCUUCAAAGAGCCCAAAUAUAUUGGCCAGUUCGCCAAAAAUUUCAAGCAAGACAUCCUCAGGCUUCCUGGGCUGCCAUAUGCUAUUUCUUUGCCUGACCACAAAACGGAGCAGAAUAGAGACGGUAAGUCUGUCGUUCUAGAUCACAGGGUGAAGAGCACCGGCUGUGUGGAAAAAGAGCUAUCGGAAGCCUGUCUCCAGACGAUCAAAGAAUGGGAGGGAACAUUCGUGGACUAUUCUUUUGAUCUCGAUUACGAAUUUUGGAGGGCUGACCAGAUUUUGAGGUCGAUUCUGCCUGCCGACAGCAAGGAACAGAUACCCUCUGGAUUCUCCAAGACCGGGCAUUUGGCACACAUGAAUCUGAGGGAAGAGUUCAAACCUUAUGCCUCUAUAAUUGGACAGGUUAUCAUCGACAAAAACCCUUCAAUCAAGACAGUUGUUGACAAACUGGAUACCAUAGACACCACUUUUAGAACGUUCAAAAUGAAGGUCAUUGCUGGUGAGGACAACUUCAUGGUCGAGCAGCUGGAGAACAAGUGCAAGUUUCACUUUGACUUUAGCAAGGUAUAUUGGAAUUCAAGACUUUCUACAGAACAUGAGAGACUAGUGGGCAAUUUUGUGAGCAAGACUGAUGCCAUUUGCGAUGUAAUGGGUGGAGUUGGGCCCUUUGCCAUACCUGCUGCCAAGAAGCUGUGUGUGACCUUUGCCAAUGACCUGAACCCAGAGAGUUACAAGUAUCUUAAGGUGAAUAUUCAGGAGAACAAGGUGGAGGGCUUCGUCCAACCAUUCAACACUGACGGUAAAAAAUUCAUUUGGGAGGCCCCUAGACUGUUAUAUGAGUUCUCGAACAAAACCAAGGUGAUACACAGGACCGAGGUCAAAGUGUCCAAGACCAAAGAUUCCUCGAACAAAAAGCAUAAAAAGAGUGUUAUAACUGAAGAUGUUACUAUCCCAACGUUUUUCGCCCAUUAUAUCAUGAAUUUGCCGGAUUCCGCUAUCACAUUUCUGAGCGACUAUGUUGGUCUUUUCACCAAGGCCUUUCCAGACUUGACUCAGCAGCAGGUAGAAACGCUUCCUGGCUUCAGACUUCCAACAAUUCAUGUCUACCAUUUCGAGAAGUUUUCCCCAGAUGAACCAGAACCUUCCAAUGUGGAGCUUUGUCAUAGAAUGCACGCAAAAGUGGUGAAGUUGAUCGGCUUUGAGAUCGCAUUUGAGGAGCUCGAGUUCCACAAUGUGAGGGCUGUUUCGCCCACCAAGCCCAUGUAUUGUAUCAGUUUUAGGCUGCCUAGUGCCGUUGCAUUCAGGCGGUGA